ACUGACAGUCUUAAUUGCCUUUUUGUUGUUAGAGCCAGAAAUCAAAGAAAUAUAAUGCACAACUUCAUGGGUAAAAGGGACAAAAUUAGGUUUUUUACCACUGAAUUUACAUUUAUGAAUAUGGACUUUUGCCAAUAGAAUCGAUACAUUUAUAAUGAAGUACAUAUUCUCUCUAUUUUGAGUUCUAUAAAAGCAAAAUACCACAUUCUCCCAUAAUAAAACAAAGUCUUUAUAAAUAAGGUCAAUGAUGAAUCUGCUGAAGUUUUGCCAAAAUGAUCUGGUGUGUGAACAAAACCAAAGUAUGUCAAACACUUUAUAUUUAUGUCUCUUUUAAAUGAGCAGCAUAAUAUCGGUGAAUGAUUUUCAUCGAUACUUCUUUCACCUUGUUUACUAUCAUGUAUUUGUUAGCAAUCAACCAAACUACGUUCAUGUGUAGUGCAGCCGUCAGUGACGUCAUCAGCGAGACCGCAGCGCGCAGGCACCGUCAACAAAGUCCAUGGAGACGACGAGGACACGAAACCAGCGCGGUACCAAGAGUAAAGCCAGCGAGCAGAGGGAGGAGCCAGCACACUGGGGCAGAGCAUGGGAGGUGGACUGGUUCUCCCUGAUUUCCGUGAUCAGCCUCCUGUGCUUCGCCCCCUUCAUCGUCUUCUUCUUUGUGAUGGCCUGUGAUCAGUACCAGUGCUCCGUCACCCAGCCGCUCUUUGACCUGGUCCAGGGAAAGACCACGCUGCUCUCCAUCUGGGCCCGCGCUCCCUCCUUCACCUGGUCAGCUGCCAAGAUCUACGCCGUCUGGGUGACCUUCCAGGUGUUCCUGUACAUGUGUGUACCUGAUGUUGUCCAUAAGGUGAUUCCUGGCUACGCAGGUGGAGUUCAGGACGGAGCACGAACUCCUGCUGGUCUGAUUAACAAGUAUGAGAUCAACGGGCUGCAGAGCUGGAUCAUCACUCACGUCCUGUGGACACUGAACGCUCACUGUCUCCACUGGUUCCCUCCCACCAUCAUCUUUGAUCACUGGAUUCCUCUGAUGUGGUGUGCCAACAUCCUGGGCUACACUGUGUCCACCUUUGCUUUCAUUAAGGCUCAUCAUUUCCCCACCAACACCGAGGACUGUAAGUUCACAGGAAACAUCUUCUACAACUUCAUGAUGGGCAUCGAGUUCAACCCACGCAUCGGGAAGUGGUUCGACUUCAAGCUGUUCUUUAACGGCCGACCCGGCAUCGUGGCCUGGACCCUCAUCAAUCUGUCCUACAUGGCCAAGCAGCAAGAACUGUACGGACAAGUCAGCAACUCCAUGAUCCUGGUCAACGUCCUGCAGGCCCUGUACGUCCUGGACUUCUUCUGGAAUGAAGCCUGGUACCUGAAGACCAUCGACAUCUGUCAUGACCACUUCGGCUGGUACCUGGGCUGGGGAGACUGUGUGUGGCUGCCGUACCUGUACACACUGCAGGGUCUGUACCUGGUGUAUCACCCGGUCCAGCUCACUAACAUCCAGGCUCUGGCCGUCCUGUCGCUCGGUCUCGCCGGUUACUACGUCUUCCGCUCCACCAACCGCCAGAAGGACUUGUUCCGCCGCACGGAGGGCGCCUGCUCCAUCUGGGGCCGCAAGCCGACGUACAUCGAGUGCUCGUACCGCUCCAGUGACGGCGGCGCCCACCGCAGCAAACUCAUGACGUCGGGCUUCUGGGGCGUCGCCCGACACUUCAACUACACCGGCGACCUGAUGGGGUCCCUGGCCUACUGCGCCGCCUGCGGCUUUGGACACGCGCUGCCGUACUUCUACAUCGUCUACAUGACCAUCCUGCUGGUGCACCGCUGCGUGCGCGACGAACACCGCUGCAGCAGCAAGUACGGCAAAGACUGGACACGCUACACAGACGCUGUUCCGUACCGGCUCAUCCCUGGACUGUUCUGAGACCGGACUCUGGAGGAACCCGCACCACGUCCUUCCCCAACGACAGAUCUACAGAAUCAGCAGUUUAUUUCUCUGCCUCGGUUCAGGCAUUUUAAAUAAAAAACACUUUCUUUGUGACGUCAAUCACGCGACGCUGAGACAUUCCAACGAUGAUUCCAACAUUCCAUCCUCACUUUGACACAAUGUCUUUGCUUUCAUGAAAAUGUCCUCAAAAUAAAUCCAUGUUAAAACAGAAUGUCCUCACUGUGAAAAAGACAAAAAUGUACAUGAAAUCAGUCAAUAUGGAUUUUUGUUCAGUACUUAGACAAAGAAGCAUUUUUGUGGAAUUAACCUUUAAAACAAUAAAGUCGACCUUUAAAUGUU